AUGCGUUUUAUCGCCGUACUACCGGUGCUAUGCUGUACCGCUGCCCUAAUUCUCUCGUUCCUCUGCCUGUUCGCUGGCCAUAAGAAAGGCUUCAUGGAAGACUACUCUCUCCUCACACUCAAUACUUCCGCCGUUGGGCAAACGCUCAUCUCCUCGGCAUCGUCAGACUCCGACUCUACACUUUCGUCGAUCAUAAACCUCAUCCCCGAUUCCAUAACUGACAGCGUCACAAACGAAAUCAACGAGCAGAUUGACGAGCUCCGCGAGCGCAUAGGCGUCGAAGACUGGUACUCGGCACACAUGCUCAACUACUGCCAAGGACAAUAUGAGCCUGGAGAGGUGGCAAAUGCAACGCUGAGUCAGGACGAUAUUAGCAAGAAUGUCACCGAGUGCGCAAAGAGCAGGGCUACCUACAAGUUUGACCCUACAGCCAUCAUCCAAGACGCGCUCAACAGGACGGGUGUGGACAUUACCCUGCAAGACCUCCAAUGGCCAGACGACAUUCAGAGUGGAAUAGACACACUCAACGCACUCAUGGCAGCUAUGUUCGUUCUUUACGUCAUUGCGAUUUGCCUCAUCUUCAUCACUCUCGUCACUAGCAUUCUUGGAAUCUUCAUUGGAAAUGGAAGACUCACUCCGUGUAUCAACUUCCUUCUUGCCACACUUGCAUUCCUGGCCAUCGGCCUGGCAAGUGCGCUUGUCACGGCUGUAAUGGUCAAAGCCACCGACAUCAUCAACGACAAAGGCGGCGACAUCGGUCUUCAAGCCAACUGGGGUGGCAAGUUCCUUGCUCUGACCUGGGCUGCUACUGCGCUCAUGCUCAUCGCUCUCCUUGGCUGGAUCGCGAGCUUCUGCAUUGGUGGCAAAGAACGUGAAUCACGCCGUGCUCGCAAGCCCUACAAGGUGUAG